CGCAGGUGGUGGAGCUGGGGUCUUGCUCGGCUGCGGGCGGGGUGGGGGGUUCCGGCGGGGCUGCCUCCCUCUUCCCGGCCGCUUGCCUUCCAGGAGCUGCCUCUAAACAGCCUGUGCCAGCUGGGAGGGUGGUCGCGCGGCCGCAGACACCAUGAGCGUGGGCUUCAUUGGGGCUGGCCAGCUGGCCUUCGCGCUGGCCAAGGGCUUCACGACAGCAGGCGUCCUGGCUGCUCACAAGAUAAUGGCCAGCUCCCCAGACAUGGACCUGGCCACGGUUUCUGCCCUCAGGAAGAUGGGGGUGAGCCUGACACCCCACAACAGGGAGACGGUGCGGCACAGCGACGUGCUCUUCCUGGCCGUGAAACCGCACAUCAUCCCCUUCAUCCUGGACGAGGUUGGCCCCCACAUCGAGGACAGGCACAUCGUGGUGUCCUGCGCCGCGGGCGUCACCAUCAGCUCCGUGGAGAAGAAGCUGCGGGUGUUCCGGCCGGCCCCCAGGGUCGUCCGCUGCAUGACCAACACGCCCGUGCUGGUGCGAGAGGGGGUGACCGUGUACGCCACGGGCACCCACGCCCAGGUGGAGGACGGCCGGCUCCUGGAGCAGCUCCUGGGCAGCGUGGGCUUCUGCACGGAGGUGGAGGAGGACUUGAUUGACGCCGUCACCGGGCUCAGCGGCAGCGGCCCCGCCUACGCCUUCACAGCCCUGGACGCCCUGGCUGAUGGCGGUGUGAAGAUGGGGCUCCCGCGACGCCUGGCCGUCCGCCUUGGGGCGCAGGCCCUCCUGGGGGCAGCCAAGAUGCUGCUGGACUCAGAACAGCACCCAGGCCAGCUCAAGGACAACGUGUGCUCCCCCGGCGGGGCCACCAUCCACGCCCUGCACGUGCUGGAGAGCGGGGGCUUCCGCUCCCUGCUCAUCAACGCCGUGGAGGCCUCUUGCACCCGCACUCG